UUUCUUUGUGGCCUUUACCAUAUAAAACACACACAGCGUUGAAGCCUUGAAGUCUUGAACUAUUGUGGAGACUGGAGAGAGGGAGGGGGUGGCAAAUGGGGAAGCCCUUUGUAUCCCUUAGAUUGACACUUCUCUUCUCCUUCUCUCUCACAGCUUCCUACUCCAUCACACCCGCUUCUUUUCUCAAACCAUCUCCACCAUCUCCCAAAGCCACUCCUUCCGACCUUCUCUCUCUGCUGGGCCCCAAAUCCCAGUCUUCAUCCAUUGAUCCCCUCCUGGCCCACCAACUCACUUCCUGUUUCAAGUUCCUCGUACCCUUUACUCCCAACUCCCCGGAGAAGCUUUCCGGUAGAAAAAUCUUGAGGCUGAAGCAAAAGGGUCGACGAGAAGAGGAGGAUGGGCUUGUUUGGUGGCCCCCUCAGCCGGUUUUGGACCUGGCCCGCCUGGCCGUUGACUCCGGCGGAGACCCGGCUGCUAUUCAUCGGGCUUUGGAUCCGACUAUGAUCACUGUACCUGAUGUUGAAGGUUGUGUAGAGGACCAAUGUCAGCUUACCAGAACUCCAUAUGGGAGACAUUUUAUAAGUGAGGAGUUGAAUUUAUAUAUUAAAUUUUUAUUUGAACUUAUUCUUGCCCGCGGUCCCACUGUUGGGUUGAAUGUGUCAUUGAGUCGCUAUGAUUUGUUCCAUGGGCACCUAUUUCUUGCCUUAGAGACCGGAAGACUUGGUAUAUUGUUUCAUGCAAAAGAAUACCCUGCAUUUGAUAAAGAAGUAUUCCCGUACAACAUGGGUUACUGUCAAACAGGGUCUAAUGUGACAUAUGGUGACUCAAUGAACCUGCGAAAUAUCCUCUGGCUAGCUCCAUUGCCAAGCAAUUCAGCCAAAGGCUGGGAAGCACCAGGUGUCUUGGUGGUGCUGGAUGCCCGUCCGGAUGGAAUCAUAUAUAGGGAUCUCAUACCCGAAUAUGUAAAUUUUGUAAGGACUAUAUAUGAAGAUGAUCUUGGGGAGGUUGCAGUUGAUGUCAACUAUUUGGCUGUGGGAAAUCCAGAGUCGAGGUUUCAACUAUAUAUUUGCUGAUGCUCAGUCUGAAGUGCAGAUUAUGUAUUGGAGAUCAACUUUAAACGAGAUAUUUUCCGAACUUAAGUUGGAAUUGUGAAAGCGAAGUGAUUCCAGUUAUAUGAUUGCAGAAGGUGAGAGACCAUUCUUUUUGGUUCUACUGGUGGCAAAUUGCACGCCAGUCUUGGUGCGUGUGGCUAAUCAUGCUUUACUAAUCAUGCUGCAUGAUUAGUGAAUAAGAAAUGAGAUGGAUAUAUAAGGGUUGAAGUAUCAACAAACACAGUAUCACAUAGCUCAAUGUCUUCACUUUUGAUAAUUUGGGAAUGCUCGAGUUUAGUCGCCUCUUGGAGCUGGCCCUCCUUGCCGUUGACUCCGGCAAAGACCCUGCUGCUGUUCAAUGGGGUUUGGAUCCGACUACUGCAAGUCCCUAUCUCAUUCUAUCUUUGCUAGUUUGCUUUUAGUAAUUUCCUCAGGAAUUGUUUGUGUUAAUUUAGUUCGGAACUGUGUUGUCUUUCUAAGCCUAAGGUUUCAGUGUUUCACUGUCAAGCACCCUUCAGUAUUUUGAAGCUAAAGCAGUCGAAUUUUCAAUGAACUUAAAAAACAAUUAGGCUACACCUUUGACUAGCUUGAUUAUAUGGUAGUCAUUGCAUUUGUAGCAUUGUACCCUGAUUUUAAUGCC